ACUUCAGUACUCCAACAAUUGGUUAAAAAAAACUGAAAAACUCUCUCAACUUCUUCUACUAUAAUAUACAAAUCUUACAUAUGAUGGAGAGAGGAGAAUGCUUGAUGUCGAUGAAGCUUAGACCGAUGGUGACGAGGCCAUCUUUGGAUGGGACUUUGUUUUGGCCGUUUAGGGAAGAGAGAGCGUUUGCGUCAGCUGAGGAGUAUGGCGGCGGAGGCGGUUGCAUGUGGCCGCCGAGGUCUUACUCGUGCAGCUUUUGCGGGAGAGAGUUCAAGUCGGCGCAAGCACUAGGCGGUCAUAUGAACGUUCAUCGAAGAGACCGAGCUCGACUCAAGCAGCAAUCAUUAUCACCUUCAUCAACUGACCAAGCCACACCUCCUGAAAAUGAUCGUCAACAACAAGUUCUUGAUGUGGGGUCAAAGGUUCUCGUCCAAGAAGAAACAAGAAAGCCUAAUGGAACUAAAAGGGAGAUAAGUGAUGUUUGUAAUAAUAAUGUUUUAGAAAGUUCUAUGAAACGAUAUGAGCAUGACAAUGAUGAAGUCAAGACUGACUUAUCGGUCGGUCUAGUGAGUUCUGAGUUUGAUCCUCGGAAGAAACAACUAAUCAACGGAUCAUCUUCAUCAUGGAAGAGGGCAAAGACGGAUGUGUCAAGAUUUCCAAUGAUGUUAGGGUUGGUCAUUGGAGUUUCCAAGAUCAACGGUCAUCAUGAGGAGUUGGAUCUUGAGCUAAGGCUAGGAGCUGAUCCGCCUAAGGUUAACUAGCUUAAGUAAUAAAAAAAGUAACAAUAG